UAAAAUAUAACGAAAAAUUUCUCCGUGUAUAGAACUUUUUGUCCAUUUCGAUAUAUUAUUUGAUAAUUGUCACCGAAUGUACUGUUUCUUGCUUUAUAUAUAUACUUAUACUUACGCGGCAAUUCGGAACUUUUGACUAAUACAUAUAUAGCGCAAGCGACAUAUCUAUAUAAUUGCACGUCGUUCCUCCCGCUUCUUUCCUUCUCACACACAAUUUAGUUUCUCUUUCUUUCCGAGCAAAAUGUCGGGAUGUAUUCGGCAAAUGUCAUGCGCAUUUAAACUGACUGACUAAUAUCUUGUGCAAUUAUGAUGCGACAUAUGUAUCAUCGCAAUAAUGUCGAGAGGUGUUUCUCCCUCCCAUUUUCCUUUGAUUCACGGUAAAAUCUACGCAACGUAUUGAUAAUGCCGCGCCAGAGAGAUUGCGGGAUUUCUGGCGCAAGCGUAUUAGCGCGCAGUGGUCAACACGUGAUUACUUUACAUGCUCGUAUAUAGAUUGUUUCGCAUAAGACGUUUUCUGGGCUACACUUGCAUGGAAAGAAGUUACAACGCGGUUGCAACACGAAUGUUGGUACUUAUAUGUAAUAAAGUCGACUGCAAACGCAUGCAUAAAUUUAUAUAUUAUUUAAUUUCUAAGAACCUCUAGAGACUAUUUUCUUUAACACAUAUUAUUUUCUUCUUAUAAAAGAUUCGAUACCUGUAUUUCGGUGAGAAUUGUACGCUACUAAUUAUCUGAAACGAUUCGCGUUACUACGCAUGCGUCAGAAAUCCCGUAAUCUCUCAACACUGCGCCGCGCCCGACGAACUAUCUCGUUUGUCUCACAAUCAGUUUGUCUGUUAUACUGUCGUGUCACGAUGGAUUUAUCGUGGCUUUCGUCGCCCUUUGCGCUAUUAUUGAUUACUCUGGUCGUCAUUGGCGUCCUGAAAAUUGUCGCUGCGGUGCAUCGUACAUAUUUUUACUGGAAGGAUAAAGGUGUACCUUACAUGCCAGAUUCGCUAUCAUCUUUUAUGUCGGGUUGGAAAUUGAUUCUGAGUCGCAUCAGUUUUGUCGAUCAUUUUCAAUAUGUAUACAAUUACUUUCCGGACGCAAAAUAUGUUGGAAUAAUGGAUUUCGGCACGCCUGGCGUGCUAGUGCGCGAUCCUGAGUUGAUCAAAGACAUCAUGGUAAAGGAUUUUGAAUCCUUCCCGGAUCAUCGCAGUUUCGUCGACGUCAGCGCGGAACCGCUAUUUGGCAAGAACAUCUUCGCCUUGCGCGGAGAUCGUUGGAGAGAAAUGAGGAAUACAUUAAGCCCCUCUUUCACCGCCAGCAAGAUGAAGUUUAUGUUUGACCUGAUUUCAGAAUGUUCUCACAAUUUCGUUAAUUAUUUGGUCGAUCAUCCGGAAGUCUGUCAUGCGGUCGAAACGAAGGGGGCCUUUCGACGAUACACUACCGACGUAAUUGCUACGACAGCCUUUGGCAUAAGUGUGAAUUCUAUGAAAGAUCAAGACAAUGAGUUCUAUGCAAGAGGAAUAGAAGCUACCAAAUUUUCUUCUGGACUGCUAACGAUAGCUAAGAUGAUGUUAUUUCGCGCGUGUCCACGGUUCGCUAAAUUAAUAGGUCUGUCUCUUUUCCCGCCGGCUACUAGCGAGUUUUUCAAGAAGAUCGUAGGGGAAACCAUUCGAGCACGGGAAGAGCAAGGUAUCGUCAGACCGGACAUGAUUCAUUUAUUAAUGCAGGCUCGGGACAAAGAAGGUCCCAGUGUACAUAAAAUGACAUUGGAUGACAUCGUUUCGCAAGCCUUUAUCUUUUUCUUCGCUGGUUUCGAAACAUCUGCGACACUGAUGUGUUUCGCUGCUCACGAGCUGGCAGUUAAUCAAGAUGUGCAAGAUCGUUUACGCGAAGAGGUACAACAGCAUCUUGCCGAAGGAAAAGGUGAGAUUUCUUACGAGUCGCUGUCGAAGAUGUCUUAUAUGGAUAUGGUGAUCUCCGAGACUCUCCGAAAGUAUCCACCGGCGAUUAUUACCGAUCGACUUUCGGUCAAGAGAUAUGAAUUAGCUCCGUCGCGACCAGGCUGCAAAAAUGUCGUCAUCGAACCCAACAAUUUAUUGAUGUUUCCUAUUCACGGUUUACAUCACGAUCCGAAGUACUUUCCGAACCCUGAUAAGUUCGAUCCCGAAAGGUUUAGCAAGGAGAACAAAGACAAAAUUUUGCCGUACACUUAUCUACCAUUCGGUCACGGACCUAGACAAUGUAUCGGCAAUCGAUUUGCUCUCAUGGAGACUAAGAUUCUGAUAGCUCAUCUUUUACAAAAGUUCACUCUGAAGACUACGGAAAAGACUGUCGAACCAAUCGUAUACACUAAAAAGUUGUUUGCGUUGGAACCUGUUGGUGGAUUCUGGAUUAGAUUGGAGAAAAGAGAAACGUGAAAGUCUUGCACUCAAUACAUUAUCGUAUGAUGUAGUUGUGUUUGGAAAAACAUCGCCGCAUUUUCAAUUUUUAAGAUAUUCAACGCGUGUAUGUACUUUAGAAGAUGAUUGACGUGUGAAGAUUGGAGUGUAAAGAUUGAAGUGUUAAGAUUGAAGUGUGAAGAAUGACGUAAUAUAUCGCAAACAAUAAAAUUUCCGAUGUAUUGCGUCAUUAUGUUCGAAGCAAAUAACCAAGUUUUUCCUGGUGAGAAAUAAAAAAAUUAAAUAUUACGAUAAACAUCAUGACUUGCGUAGACUUCCACGUUUAUUUGAUUAUGCCGAUUGUUUUUAAUGAUUUAUAUAACUUCCCCACUUGUCGCUAAAUAUAAAUAGGAUCAAUUCGUUAAUUCUUCAUGUAAGAACGAUUAUCUCUAUCGUGCAAAGAUGUUUCGCACAUUUUUCUUUCGAAAUUUUUUAUUAGUUCAAAUUAUGUCUGUUGUAACUUAUUAUAAAUUUAAGCGUUCGCUGUUAUAAUUUUUUAAAUAAGUAUGACGAAACAAUAUCAUUAAUAGAGUCGAUGUACCAUGAUGUAAUAAUAUACCAUUCUGUAUGUGCAUUUAUAAUGUUUUUUAAUAUUUUUUUAUAAAUAAAAUUUUUAAAUUUUUAAUAAAACCAAAUGUCACUAUUUUAUU